AUGGACGAGGCCGUAUUCAAACGCUUUGACAUCAACCAUCAACCAUCUAACGCGCCGAAUUUUGGAUUUUCUAAGGCUCUAAAUGGUUUCUUGAUGAUGAUGACUCAGAACGGAAAACUCUUGUAUAUAUCAGACAACGCGGCUGAAUACCUCGGACAUUCGAUGGAGGACCUAUUAAUUCACGGAGACAGUGUGUAUGAUGUGAUCGACAAACAGGAUCAGCAAGCUGUGAGAACAGAGCUCUCCAGGGCUCCCACUGAUGGAGAAGAUAGAGUGUUCCUGUGUCGUAUGAAUGUGGCUCGAAACGCGAGGAGACAGAUGCGGUUUGGUGAUCAAAAGGUGGUGUUAGUACGUGGUCAUUUCGUCUCCUAUCUUCCACUGUGCAGUCGUAAUGAGCCAGUCUUCCUAGCUGCCUGUACUCCUCUCGCCAUGCCAGAGACCAGGGAAUGCGUGGUGCACGGCGCCACUAACGUUUUCACUACAGUACACGCGAUGGACAUGAAAAUACUGCAUAUAGAUACCAAUAGCGAGUGGCACCUCGGCUGGGACAAAAACUCACUCCACGGAGUCAGCUGGUACCACCUCCUACAUCCAGACUGCUGUAAGGAAGCUCAGAACAAACAUCGACUUAUAACCCAGUCGGAGCAAGAGCGAUCCUGUAUCGCUUUAUUGCGGCUUCAGCGGCGUUGUGGUCAAUUCCUAUGGGUUCAUGCCGUUCUUCAGCUAAAAGACAAUCUGGAGAAUUCUCAAAGACCCGUCAUCGUGUGUACUAAUCAGGUUUUAAGUGAACAAGAAGCAGCGGUUAUGAAAGCAAAUCCUUGGCUUUAUCACUAUUAUGCGGUUCAAUCUAAACUUCAUUAUGGCUUAGCUUAUGAAGCAGCCACCAGGAUGUAUGGACCUCCCCCACCAGAUAUCCAGGUCUACCCUCCGACCAUGCAAUAUACACCGACGCCCGCAGUUUGUCUAAACGGAAACCAAGCUAUGAUGAUGCCAAAUGCUGGUCUUCAGAAUCAUAUCCCUCAAGUUCCUCCACACUUAACACCCAUUCAUUACGCUUACGAAAGACUUGAUAAUGGGCCAGUAGACUAUUCAGUUUCGCUUCAAGACAACAGGGGAUAUCAUAAUAUACGGAUUGAAGAUAUCAGGUCUCCUGAAACGAAAAGAAAAGUGAAACAGGAGGAAGAUAAAACCAGUAUACCUAAUAUAUCGCCUAGAUUUUCAUCUGCCGCUGGUGACACUUUAGUCGCGAUAGCAGCAACAACGGUGGCGACACGUAGGCCAGGCUCUAAAAAUUUUAAUAUCACUGAAACGGAGAUGAUAGAUCAAUGGAAUCCUAGUCCGACUUGGUCGGAAUCAGCUCUGCAAAAAGUUCCAGAUGUUUGUCACCAGGAGUUGAGUCCAUAUGCAAACACAACUCCUCCGACGCCUUCGGGAACACCAUCAGCUUACACACACAACUACAGCAAUGCAUUUGUCUUCGACUGGUCGCCAGAGCAAUACGUUCCUUAUACUAACAAUAGAUGUAGCACCGUAACAACAGAAAGUUCCUAUCAACAAAAUUGGAAUAGAAAUCAUAGAACGACAUUUGUUAGUGCAAAUGAUAGUUCCGCCGACGAAAGUUGUACUUCUAACAGGUUAAACCUUCCGGCGAGGGUUAGUCGGACGCCGCCGGACCAUAACUCAAGAGAAGACGAAGGCCUUAAGAGGCAAAUGGAUCAUCUUAAUCCUGACUCUCCGUGUGCUAAAAAACCAGCAUUAUAG